AUGAUGAAGGGCAGACAGGCACUGCAGUGUCUCAUUUCAAUUCUUCUUGCCUUCCUGCCUUCUGUUUCUUCACUCGAUGGACAACAUGAACCUGAACAACCGAAGAUUAUGGUGCUGGUCCCUUCCCAGCUCCGCACUAAGACCCCUGAGAAAAUCUGCCUCCAUCUAUACCAACUGAGUGAGCCAGUGACUGUGAAAGCAUCCUUGAAGUUUAGCUGGGAAAGCAGAAGUCUGUUCAAUGAUCUUGUGGUUGACAAGGACUUGUUCCACUGUGUCUCCUUCACUCUCCCCAGAGUCUCAUCUUCUGAGGAGAAGGUGUCCCUCUCUGUCCAUGUCAAAGGACCAAAACACGAAUUCAGCAAAACGAAUGAGGUGACGGUGAAGAACCAAGAAAAUGUUGUCUUUGUCCAGACAGACAAACCCAUGUACAAACCAGGACAGCCAGUUAAAUUUCGUGUUGUCUCUAUGGAUACAAAUCUGCACCCCCUGAAUGAGUUGUUUCCUCUGGCUUACAUUGAGGACCCGAAAACAAAUCGCAUCAUGCAGUGGCGGGAUAUUAACACAGAGAACGGGCUCAAGCAACUGUCCUUCAGCCUGUCAUCUGAGCCCAUUCUAGGCUCCUACAAAAUAGUGCUAGAAAACCAAUCAAGAUCAAAGAAAGAGCACUACUUCACCGUGGAAGAAUACGUGCUUCCCAGAUUUGAAGUUCAAGUAAAGGUCCCGAAGGCCCUUUUCAUUAAAGAUGAAAAAUUGAAAGUGACUGUGUGUGGAGUAUACACCUAUGGGAAGCCUGUACCAGGACAUGUAAAGAUACGUACGUGCCAUAAAUAUCCGCUGUACAGAAGGCAGAUAGAGACUCAAUGCAAAGAGUCCAGUUCCCAGGUAAGUAAAAAUGGCUGCAGCACACAAGAAGAAGACAUCACUGAGCUUCAAUUAAAGGAAAAAACAUUUGAAGACCAGUAUCUUCAUGUGAAUGCAAAGAUUACAGAAGAAGGGACAGGAUUGGAGUUCAGUGGAUCUGGGACAAUUAAAAUUGAGAGAACCAUAGCCAAACUCAUAUUUGUGAAAGCGGAUUCACACUUUAAACAAGGGAUUCCAUUCGUUGUGAAAGUCCGCCUAGUAGAUGUCAAGGGAGCUCCCAUCCCAAAUGAAGAAGUCUUCAUCAAACUAUGGGAACUUGACUACACCAAUAAAACGACCACUGAUCAGCAUGGCCUGGCAGAGUUCUCAAUCAACACCACCAACUUUGAUAAGCAUUCUCUCACUAUCAAAGUCUACCACAAGGAGGAAAGUUCGUGUUUCCAUGAGCUUUGCCUAAAUGAACACACAGAGUCACUCCAUGUGGCUCAUAGUGUUUACUCCUUCAGCUGGAGCUAUAUCCACCUGGAAAAAGACGCUGGCGUCUUACGCUGCAGUCAGACUCACAAAGUUCGGGUGCAUUUUAUUGUGAAGGGUCCGGUUUUGAUUGUGCUGAGAGAGCUUACUUUUUAUUACCUGGUCAUGGCCAAGGACAGCAUUAUCCAGACUGGAAGCUACACUCACCACAUGGAGCCAGAAAACUCUCCAGUAAAAGGAGACUUUGACCUGGAGAUCCCUGUGGAGUUGAGCAUGGCUCCCGUGACUAGUGUACUGGUCUAUGCCAUCUUUCCUAAUGGAGAAAUAAUUGCAGAUUCUGCAAAAUAUUAUGUUGAAAAGUGUCUUCUCAACAGAGUGGACCUGAGCUUCACCCCAGCCCAAAGUCUUCCAGCCUCACAGGCCCAUCUGCAAGUAACAGCUUCUCCUCAGUCCCUGUGUGGCCUGAGGGCUGUGGACCAAAGUGUGCUGCUUCUGAGACCUGAAGCUGAGCUCUCCCCUUCCUGGAUAUACAACCUGCCAGAAAUGCGGCAAACUGAAAUCAUUCCAACUCCAGACCAAAUAUUUCAAGAGCUAGAACCGUGUGUGCGGACUGACAAGCCCACAGGUGAAGUAUUAUUGCACCCAGAUGAGAAGGAUGUCUACCGUUAUGUGAAGGACAUGGGCUUAAAGGCAUUUACCAACUUGAAGAUCAAAUAUCGUAAAUUUUGUCUUUCAUAUGCUGACAUUUACCCUCCAAUAGCAGUGCCUGCUCUGGCAUUUGAUGGUGUGACUAACAGAGGAGACUCAAGAACCAUGCCCAAAGUAGGACAUGAAGAUCCACCAGCUGCAGAUCUAGCCACUGAAACCAUUCGAAAAUAUUUUCCCGAAACCUGGAUCUGGGAUUUAGUCACAGUAAACUCAUCUGGAGUGACUGAAAUGGAGGUGACAGUCCCUGACACCAUCACUGAGUGGAAGGCUGGAGCCCUCUGCCUGUCCAAUGACACUGGCCUUGGCCUCUCUCCUGUGGUAUCUCUCCAAGCCUUCAAGCCCUUCUUUGUGGAGCUCACGAUGCCCUACUCUGUGAUCCGUGGAGAAACCUUCACACUCAAGGCCACUGUGCUCAACUACCUCCCUACAUGCAUCCGGGUGGGUGUGCUGCUGGAAGAAUCCCCUGAUUUCACAGCUGUCCCAGUGGCAAAAGACCAAGAUUCUCACUGCCUCUGUGCCAAUGGGAGGCACACCGCAUCCUGGUUGGUAACUCCCAAGUCAUUAGGGAAUGUGAACUUCUCUGUGACUGCGGAAGCACAACAGUCCCCAGAGCCUUGUGGUUCUGAGGUGGCCACAGUUCCUGAAACCGGGAAAAAGGACACAGUUGUCAAAGUCCUGAUAGUUGAGCCCGAAGGAAUUAAGAAGGAACAUACCUUCAGUUCACUGCUCUGUGCAUCAGAUGCUAAGAUAUCUGAAAAAGUGUCCCUGAAGCUACCAUUGAAGGUUGUGGAAGAUUCAGUCAGAGCCCAUUUCUCUGUGCAGGGUGACAUCUUGAGUUCGGCCAUAAAAAACACACAAAACCUUCUGCAUAUGCCCUUUGGCUGUGGGGAGCAGAACAUGGUGCUUUUUGCCCCCAACAUCUAUGUACUGAAAUAUCUGAAUGAGACCCAACAGCUGACUCAGAACAUCAAGUCCAAGGCCAUUGGCUAUCUCACUGAGGGCUAUCAGAGAGAGCUGAACUACAAACACAAGGAUGGCUCUUAUAGCGCCUUUGGGGAUCAAGAUGGCCAGAGCCAAGGAAACACUUGGCUCACAGCCUUUGUCCUCAAGUCUUUUGCCCAAGCUCGAGCCUUCAUCUUUGUCGAUGAAACACACAUCACCCAUGCCUUCACCUGGCUGUCCCAGCAGCAGCAGGACAACGGCUGUUUUAGGAGCUCUGGAUCGCUGUUCAACAAUGCCAUGAAGGGUGGAGUAAAGGAUGAAGUGACCCUCUCUGCCUAUAUUACCAUUGCCUUUCUAGAGAGUUCAAUCCCAGACACACAUCCUGUUGUCUCCAAAGCCCUGACCUGCCUAGAGUCAUCCUGGAAGACAAUACAGCAACAGGAAAAUGGCAAGUUCGUGUACACCAAGGCACUGCUAGCCUAUGCUUUUGCUCUGGCAGGGAACCAAGAUAAGAGAAAUGAAAUCCUGAAAUCACUUGAUAAUGAAGCUAUAAAAGAAGAAAACUCCAUCCAUUGGGAAAGACCUCAGAAACCCAUGCAAUCAGAGAGGUCUCUGUACAAACCGCAGGCUCCCUCUGCUGAAGUGGAGAUGAACGCCUAUGUCCUCCUCACUCUCCUCACUGCCCAGCCAGCCCCAACUCCUGAGGACCUGGGUGUGGCAUUACAAAUCGUGAAGUGGCUCACAAAGCAGCAGAAUCCCCAUGGUGGUUUCUCUUCCACACAGGACACUGUGGUGGCUCUCCAUGCUUUGUCCAAGUAUGGGGCAGUUACUUUUGCCAGAAGUCAGAAAACUCCUUCAGUCACCAUCCAAUCUUCAGGGACAUUUUCCAGAACAUUCCAAAUAGAGAGCAGCAAUCGACUGUUACUGCAGCAGAUCUCACUACCAGACAUCCCUGGAGACUAUGACAUCAGUGUGUCAGGGGAAGGAUGUGUGUAUGCUCAGACAACACUGAGGUACAACAUGCAAUUGGAGAAACAGGAGUCUGCAUUCACACUGAGGGUGCAGACCCUGCCUCUGACUUGUGAUAACCCCGAAGGCCACAACAGCUUCCAGAUCUCACUAGAAAUCAGUUACACAGGGAGCCGCCCAGCAUCCAACAUGGUGAUUGUUGAUGUGAAGAUGGUGUCUGGUUUCAUCCCCUUGAAACCAACAGUGAAAAAGCUUGAAAGAUCAGAACAUGUUAGCAAAACGGAAAUGAGCAACAACAAUGUCUUGUUAUAUGUGGAUACGGUGACCAAUCAGACACUGACCUUCUCCUUCGUCAUUCAACAAGACAUCCCAGUAAGGAACCUGCAGCCUGCCAUUGUGAAAGUCUAUGACUACUAUGAGACAGAUGAAGUGGUCUUUGCUGAAUAUAGCGCCCCCUGCAGCUCAGAUCUGGACUGUGGUCAGGGUCACAGUCUCAAGAACAGCAUUGCCAAGGAGCAUGUGGCAAUGGAGCUCCCCAGAGUCUCAUCUUCUGAGGAGAAGGUGUCCCUCUCUGUCCAUGUCAAAGGACCAAAACAUGAAUUCAGCAAAACGAAUGAGGUGAUGGUGAAGAACCAAGAAAGUGUUGUUUUUGUCCAGACAGACAAACCCAUGUACAAACCAGGACAGCCAGUCAAAUUUCGUGUUGUCUCUAUGGAUACAAAUCUGCACCCCCUGAAUGAGUCGUUUCCUCUGGCUUACAUUGAG